AUGGAUGAAUCCUCGCAGGCCUCGACUCUCUCUCUCUCUCAAAACAUGAGAAUCAAACAAGGAUCACGAUUCAUCCUACCACCAGUCCACCAGUCCACCACCAUCACCACCCACGCAAGGAAUAAACGCCUCCUCACGCCACGAACAGUCAUAUCCCACAGAGACGCCGCCCAGCCAUCCUCUCAAACUCCACAGACCUCGAUCCCCCAAUCACGUACAUUUACUCGAGGUGACUGGUCCCUGGUUCCUUGUAACCCCCGUAGAUGA